UCUCCCACCCCCCAUCCCAGCCGAGCGAUGUCUGACCGCGCAUGAGCAGGGAAAUCGCAGCAUUAAUCUCCACACUCAGCUGCUGCUGCUGAGCGGAUCUUUCCAAGUCUCUCCUCUCAUCUUUCCCAUAAACAGCCCAAAAGUAGGAAUCGCUGCAACAAGCGCGUCGCAGAACGGCGCACAGAAGGGAGGUCCGGUCAGAGCAAUUUGGACCUUCGGUGAGUAACCAGCUCCUUAAGCCUCCAACUAAACUUAUUGCAGGUUGCUCUCAACAUGCUCUGAAUGCUAAAAACCUCAAGCAGCAUCUCUGCAGCUUUGGCAGAUCACCUUAUUCUACAAAUGGAAGUGGAGCAAAAACUGUAUUAGCGCAAUCGGAAAUCAGUUGCAAAUGAAAGACGAAAAUCGUCACUUGUCUUGGCGCAAAAUUUGGCUUGAUUUGCUUUCUUGUGUCCCUUGACUUAAAUCACUCCUGUGCAUGUAUAUAAUGCUGUAUAACUAUAGGCAGAUAGAAAAGCAGAACAUAGUACCUGCAUUCUUUUGGACAGAGCUUACACACAGUCCAUAUCGCUGCUGGGCAGAAGAGACCGAAUAAGUUAUGCUAGGGCUCCCCCUGCUGUUAGACCGUGGAACAGCUUUGCAGAACUGAAAAAAAAUCCCUUCUACUUCCAAAGCAGCCAGUCACAUAACAUCACACUAGCAUUUUCACCCCUUUGGUUCGCAAGAGGUUGUGAUUAUUAUUAUUAUUAUUUUUGUGCUACAGGGAGAAAUAUCAAAGGAUGUUGCUUGUGGAAAAUGCUUUGGAUGGGUACCCCAGCAGCUAAAUCUGCCAUUGUUCAUCUCUAGGGUUUGACUACAGCGGAUGAGUCGGGUUCCCCAGUACUAAUAUCUAGAUUUUUUUCACAGUCUUUCACCCAAGAGUAUUUUUUCCUCUUUUUUUCAUUCUGGAGUUUCUGUCUUUGCUUAAUGGGAGUUAAGGAAUCAAGAUAACCUCUUUUCGGAUGCUGUUAGGUUUUUUUUUGGACAUGUGCACACAAAUUUGGAGAAUACCCUCAGGCAGAACGGGAACAGUGCUCAAAGACUGGGAAGUACAAUAUUGAUCCUUUCUAAGUGAUGUAUUUGGAAUGAAAAUCAAAAUCGUAGGAUGGAAAUAGUUUGGGAGGUGUUUUUUAUUCUCCAAGCCAGUCUCAUCGUUUGUAUGUCAGCUCAACAGAAUUCACCAAAAAUCCAUGAAGGUUGGUGGACAUAUAAGGAGGUUGUACAAGGCAGCUUCGUCCCAGUGCCUUCCUUUUGGGGCUUGGUAAAUUCAGCCUGGAACCUUUGUGCUGUAGGCAAAAGACAGUCCCCUGUCAACAUAGAAACCAGCCAUAUGAUUUUUGAUCCAUUCUUAACGCCAUUACGUAUUAACACUGGUGGGCGGAAGGUGAGUGGGACAAUGUACAAUACAGGAAGGCAUGUAUCACUUAGACUGGACAAGGAGCAUUUAGUAAAUAUAUCUGGCGGGCCAUUAACAUAUAGUCAUCGCUUAGAGGAGAUCCGGUUACAUUUUGGAAGUGAAGAUGGUCAAGGGUCAGAACACCUACUGAAUGGACAAGCAUUUUCUGGAGAGGUCCAACUAAUUCACUAUAAUCACGAGCUGUACACAAACGUAACAGACGCAGCAAAAAGUCCAAAUGGGCUGGUUGUAAUAUCCAUAUUUAUAAAAGUAACAGAUUCAUCGAAUCUUUUCCUAAACCGUAUGCUAAACAGAGAUACCAUCACAAGAAUAACAUAUAAAAAUGAUGCAUAUUUACUACAAGGGCUUAAUAUAGAAGAGAUUUAUCCAGAGACCUCAAGUUUCAUUACCUAUGAUGGAUCAAUGACUAUUCCACCAUGUUAUGAGACAGCUAGCUGGAUUAUUAUGAACAAACCUAUCUACAUUACUCGAAUGCAGAUGCAUUCCUUAAGACUACUAAGCCAAAAUCAACCUUCCCAGAUAUUCUCAAGCAUGAGUGAUAACUUUCGACCUGUCCAGUCAUUAAACAACCGCUGCAUCCGCACUAACAUCAACUUUAGAUUACAAGGGAAAGACUGUCCGAACAACAGAGCACAAAAACUACAAUAUAAAGUGAAUGAAUGGCUCCUUAAGUAACCAAAAGAAAAACAUCAGUUAUUAGCAUAUGUGAAUUGAUGUACCAAGAAUGCAUCAAGCCUCAUUCACCUUUUGGAUAUGUAUUUCAUACAGAACUCAUUGUGUGCACAGUGCUGCUAAGAGCAACAGAAACAAAUGCUCUUGGAGAUCACGAAAAACGCUGUCUUUAAAGAGUAUAUUGGGACUUCACAAAGCUCUGCCAUGGAAGACUUUUUAGCCUAUGUAUAUACAGCAUUCUUUAUAUAAAAUGCUUUGGACACAAUGACAAGUGGAUUCACGAUUUCAUUCUAGGAAAUUUCGGGAGUUUUUCUUGUUCUGCUUUCUCAGACACGCAUAAAGGAUUACGAAAGCAAAGAACUUCAAAGUAUUAAUAGGCUACUGUUGUUCUGUUUACUACAUGAAACAAGACGUUGAAUAAUAUAUGUAUUAUAUAUAUAUUAAUAUUAAAGAAUAUAAUUACAUAAUUACUUUAUUCUCCAAUAGUUUCCUAAAUGAAUGCUGAUUUCUGGUUUUGCUUAAAAAUCCUAUAAAAGUCAUUUUUUUUUAAUUUAGUACUUGUUUAGGCAUGUUUUUAUUUGCAAUAUUUUGGCCAUCCUUUUUAUUUUUGUUAUAAAUGUCUUGUUUUGUAACCUUUAUUAGUUUAGUGAGUGACACAGCCAUUUCUAGUUCUUUGUGCUGCAAAUGUGUCCAUAAACUCCCUGGCUCAACGGUCAUUUAUCAUUUUGCUUUUUUUUCUUUUCUUUUUAUGACCUGGUUAAACUAUAGGAGGAUUCAACCAAUCUCAUUUAUAUCUCUAUCUUCUUGAAUGUUAACCUCAUUUUGUUUAAGCAGAAUUGAAAGUAAACAUUUUCACUUUUUUUAAUGACGGAUCAUUUAUUGUGUUUGGUUACUGUCAGCAUCUCAAUAAAUGUUAUUAAAAUCUUGUACAACAAA